AUGGCAACGGACUUCGUGAUGAUCGCGAAGAAGUUCAUGGCAGACGGGCUGUAUCCGACAUGUCUCUCAGGAACCCACCUUUAUGAUAUCACAAAUAUAUAUGGGCCGUUUCUAUUCGGGCGAGAGGAUUUGCGAGAGAGGGUCCCUAUUUACGAUAGCCAGGAGGCCAUGAGGCCAUUCUAUCGACUAGAGGCCCACGGCCUCAAAUCACACAUCAUGGACUGGACCAGAAAUGACUCCAACCAGGUAGGCUCUGGCGAUCGCAGUAUGAUUGUUCUGAUCGGGCGAGGUACCCAGAGAGACGGCGCUGUCACGCUAUGUCAUCAGCACGCAAAACAGGAGUUUCUGUCCAAAGCCGAGAUGAUUGCCGCUGUCUCUGUCUUGCCGCCUAAUGUCCGUCUCCUGAUCAUCAACGAGGCCUGUUACCCCGGCACGUGGGCCACGAUAGCCCCAGAGGUAGGCACCCAGCGAGAUGUGCUUGUCGAGACAGCAGCCACCCUCGGCGAGCAGUCCUGGAGCUAUACCUCGGGCUCCGGCCAAAACCGGUGCUCUUUAUUCGGAGCGGCGUUUGUGGAGGAGCCUACCACCCAGCAUCACAGUCGAAUAGUUGACGAGAUGCGCUAUGUUGGGCCUGACCAGAUCACCUCUGCACCGCUGGUGAUCUCCGCCCACGCUCUUCUGUCCCACAAUAUCUCGCAUUUCAUCGUCGCACUACAAAUUGCGGCUGCGAUCACGAAUGUGGCUUCUGCUCCGGAUCGUCAUGAGGAAUUUCUGCAAUCACGGACUUCUGCCCGGACUUUUUGA